GAAGUAUAUUCCAAGCCAAUUAAAAGUGCCUAUCUUUUUCAUCAGCAAGCAAAACAAUAAAAAAGCCAAGACAUUGCUAAGGUUCUCAAUGUUAAUGAUGUUAUCUAUUUUUUCACGUCUUUGGUAAUGUGCCUUCUUUAAAACAACCACUCCCCACCACCCACCACCCCAACACAGUCUGUCUUUUUACACACAAAGUUAAGCCAACUAAUACUUAAGAUGUUUUGGAGAUCACAAGGACAAAACUAACAACGAGCCCAAACAAAACAAAACAGAAACAACUCCACUGAACCAAGUCCUCUUAGGAUGAUGACAGCAUUUUGUUGUUGGCCUAUCUGUCAACAAACCUCUAUCUUAACUACUGUGAAGAAUGAAAUUUCCAUUAAAAUGCAUCAUCUGAAAUAGAGGAGGAAACAUCAUUGCCAACUACUUUGCUUCGAAAAUACCAAUAUGAAAGACUGCUCAUCUGUUCCAAUGCAGGGGACUGGCAAGAUUAUCAGAAGAUCAAUCUUUAUCUUUCUGCAGAAUUACCAGUUUUUCACUACAAGAGCAGCACUUCUAGCCUUCCCUUUUGCUGCCUCGAUUCUUAUGCUACAAGCAUUCGUCCCUUCAACGUGUUUCCUUCGAGCAAUCCAUGAUCACCUGCAUUCUCUAUUUGAUGCAGCAGGAUUACCAUCGUCUUCAAAACUCUUCACACUUCUCAAUUCAAAGUUUUCUCAGACCAUUGUCAUCUCUUUUCUUGCAUUUCCUUUCACUCUUUCCUCUCUUAUUUUCGCAAAGGCAUCUGUAAUUGAAGCUCUCAGUGAUCAGAAACCAUCCAAGAAAGCUGCAUUUCCUUCUUUUUGCUCCCUCUACAGUUCCAUUCUUCUCACUCAACUUUGCAACUCAAUAGUCAUCAUCUCAGCAAAUGCAACUUGUUUUACUCUCCUAUUUUUCGCCUUCAAUAUUUUUGUUUACGGAUUUAACCUUUCAUCUCCAAGAUUCAUUCUUUUUAUUUCAGCAACAGGAGCAAUAAUUUGUUCGAUCAUUUUAGCCAGCACUCUGAUCAUCUGCAACUCGGCUCUGGUAUUAUCAGGAAUGGAGAAAAUCGGAGGGUAUAUGGCGAUUCUCAAGGCUUGUUUUUUAAUCAGAGGGAAAAAUGCAACAGCAUUAUCAUUAGCCCUGAUUUUCAACUUGGCCUUGGCUGCAGUUGAAGUUCUAUUCCAAUACAGAAUUAUCAAAGCUUAUCAUCACAAAAGAACAGGCUUUUCUGCUAUUGCUUUGGAAGGAAUGCUCAUUGCUUAUUUGUAUGCCAUUCUUCUGGUUCUUGAUACCAUCUCUAGCUGUCUUUUUUUCGAAUGCUGUAAAACGGGUUGCCAGAUGGAUGAAGAGGGAUGUUUUCCGUAUCAAAUUCAGAUUGAAGACAGAGAUCACCAUGCAGUUCUGUUGAUAAGGACCUUAGAAGAGCUUUCUUGAAUUUUCUGAGUAAUUCAACUGAUUCUGUAUUAUGAUUCAGUUGUCACGUGAACUCGUUCAAAUAUAGGUUCCUACAAGGAGUUAGUAUUGUUUCAAACAUGAAAGAUAGGAUGCAAUUCUUCGGUUUAUUUUUUGUAUAAUUAUGAUCUCAAGAAGACUCGUUAAGAGAACGUGUUAUUGUGAAUGAUUUCUGGUUAGAUAUCUCAUUAAAGAAGUGUGAAGAUUCAGAGACGGGAAAGUCAUGAUGUGACAACUCACAUAUUAGGUAUACGAUUUACAAAGUAAUGAUAGUAUAGAAUUUGAGUC